AUGUUUCUCAUGAACGCGCCUCCUGUGCUGGCCCUGCGGUCCGCAUGGGAGGCCUUCGGCCCGCCCGGGAGCUGUAGGUUUCCCAGAUGCUUCUCGGAGCCCAGAGAGGGCGUCUCGAGAGCAGCGGUGAGCGCCAAGGUGCAGAUGGCCAUCAGCAGGCUUCAGGGCGACGGGGCAGCCCUGGGCAUGAGCGGCGAGCAUGCCCGGCCGAGAAGCCAGAGGGCGGAGAGGGGCCGGGGCGCCCGACCGGCCGCCAGCCCCGCCUUUGCGGCCUGUGGUCUUGCCGCGGGUCUUGACGCCAAGGGGGAGGAGGAGGAGGCCUCCAACCUCGGGCCCCUGGUGCCGGGUUCGGACAGCGACGACUCGGUGGACCGAGACAUCGAGGAAGCCAUCCAGGAGUACCUCAGGGCCAAAAGCGGGGCCGCCCCGCCGCCUGCAGCCGGGGACGUGGCCCGUCGGUGCAGACCGGAGCCACCUCUGAGCGGUGCCCCAGCCGCCCCGUGUCCCCCAAACCCUGCAGCUGGCCCCGACCGUGUCCGGGGCUCCGCCUCCCCGCUCAGCGUGAGCAGCGACGACUCCUUCGAACAGAGCAUCCAGGCGGAGAUCGAACAGUUCCUGAGCGAGAAGAGGCUACAGAAAGGUGACCUCCCUGCCGGCAGAAAGGCAGAGCCCGGCGACAGCGUGGCCAGAGCGGCCUGCAGGCCUGGCAGAGAGCCGCCGCUGAAGGCACCGCAGCAGGGCCUGCUGGGAGCCGGCAAGGAGUUCGUCUUCCGGAAGCUGCCCAGGUCCGCGAAGGCCAGCGCCCUGCCCAGAGGCCUCAGGUGCAAGGUCGCCGCCGAGCCUGCUGCUGCCGCCACCACGGGGCCCCCUGCAGAGGCCACACCGGGUAAAGCUGGGGUCCGCAGGGCCGUGGGCUCCGCACGGAAGGGCAGGCGGCCGAGGGGUGCAGCCCUGGUGCACGAGGAGCCAGACUCGAGCAGCGACGACGGCAUCGAGGAGGCCAUCCGGCUGUACCAGCGGGAGCGGCGGCGGGAGGCCGCGGGCCAGCAGGGGUCCCCGCCCGCAGAGGAGAAGGGCCCCACGGCCCCUGCUCACGGCCUGAGGGGCGCCUGGCCCGAGGCCCACAGCAAAACCCCUGGCAAAAAGAAGCCAGCGGCCCCCAAGGCCACAGACCUCAGCCCGGGCGGCCCAGACCCCAACCAUCCGCCCAGGCCCCCCGGGGAAACCACGGCUCCUGCGCCUCCAGGGAGCGCGGUUGCUGGGACCCCGGGCGUGGACAGGUCCCCACACCAGGCAGACGCGUCUGCCGAGCUGAUGUGCGCCGAGGCCAUCCUGGACAUCUCCAAGACCAUCCUGCCGGCCCCCGUGGACGGUGGGGAAAGGCCCCCGCCUACCAGUCCGCUGCGCGAGGGCCCCGACAGGCCUCCCCACCCCGACGGUGACAGCAGCGCAGUGGACAGUGACGACAGCAUCGAGCGGGAGAUCCGGACAUUCCUGGCCCUGAAGGCGCAGUCAGGGGGCCCGCUGCCCCGCAUGGAGACCUGCGCCCGGCCCGCCCACAGCCCGCCCCUGCCGCCCAGCCUCAGCACCCCAGCCUCCAGCACCCCAGACCCGUCCCCCGGCUGCAGGAGGAGGCGCGGCAGGAUGCCCUGCAUGCCCAGGCAGCCCAGAGACACGGCCGAGACGCAGGACACCCAGGACGCCGAGCGCGGCCAGGGCCGAGUGCAGCCUGGCCAGGGGCGAGCCCCUGAGGCCCCCAGAAAGGAGGGCGAGAGCCGCAGCCAGCCUCCCCCCUUCAAGACGGGCGGGCCGGGCGACAAGCUCGUCGCCCCGGACCCGCCGGGAGCCGCACCGCCAGGCCCUGGGCAGACGGCCGAGGGGAGGCGCGGGGACGCGAGCUCCGAGGAGAAAAGCAGCUCACUGGACAGCGACGCGGACCUGGACUCGGCCAUCAAGGACCUGCUGCGCUCCAAGCGGCGGCUCCGGAAGAGGUGCAGGGACACCCGGGCUGGCUGCAAGAAGAGGGUCCGCUUCAGCACCACGGAGACGCAGUUCCUGGACAAGCUGGGGGGCUUCCAGAAGGACUGGAGAGACCGAAGCCCCCACCUGCUGAAAAGCUGUCUCUGCAAGUCCAGCAGGGAGACCCCAGGGAGACCCUCGCGCGUCCCCUCCCGGGAAACAGCAGGGGCGAAGGCAGACGGCUCGGGCCCGGAGGACGCACCCUCAGGCCCCUCUGCCCCCUGGCCCCGGGGCAGGGCCGCGGCCGGGGGUCUGUUCUCCAGGGAGUCAGAAGCCCGCGAGCCUCCCCGUCCCGCCGAAAGCCCCAGCUCCCUGUCUGAUGAUAGCAGCUCUGUAGACAGUGACGACAGCAUCGAGCUGGAGAUCAGGAAGUUUUUGGCCGAAAAGGCCAAGGAGUCUGUGAGCGGAUCAGAAAUUCCAGGAGGGGGCCUGGCCGUCCUGGGAACUGUGAGUGGGGCCAGGCCAGAGCUCCAGGGCCGGAAAGCACAGCCCCCGGGCCCAGCCGCCCAGCCAGGCGUGUGCACACGGAGCCAGAGGGUCAGAGGGGGCCUGCAGCCAGGGUCCGAGGGACCCCGGGGGCCGGGAAGAGCCCUCACUCCAGGCGGUGGGGGCAGCCCGCACCCCGAGCAGCCCUGCCCCCCGGCCACCCUGGCCUGGCGCGAGCUGGCGCCACCCAGGAGCACCAGCAGGGCCGCCCCUGCCAGAGGGGCGCCGGCCCCCCGGAGGAGCAGCUGUGCCCCCAGAGACUCAGGGCCCAGGGGGCCCGAGGGGGACGCGGGGGAGGGCACGUUCGGCCAGCUCCCGAGCCGCGCGGAGGCUGGCGCCUGGGCAGAGGGCCGUGGCUCACUGGCACGGACCCCGGGCUCCGAGCGGGACGGGGCGCCCCGGGCCGGCCUCGCCCCCCAGAGCCGGCCGCAGAGCACCUGGGUGCUGGGCCCGGGAGGCAAGGACGCGGCCACGUGGAGAGGGGGCCUUGGCGGCCAGAGGGAGAAGGGGCCGGGGAGCCAGGCCCGGGGCUCACCCAGCCUCGCCGUGGACCCCCAGAGGGGCCUGCCCUUCACCGGCUUCUCGCCGCUGCUCUCCACGCAGCUGUUCCAUUUCGGGAAGUGCGUGCCCUGGGGCACCAAGCAGGCCGGCCUCUUCAGCCCCGGCCUGGGCCUGCCCCUGCAGGGCCCGUCCUUCUCAGCCUUCCGGGAGGCCCAGGCCGCCCGCGGCCCAGUGUUCGGAAGCCCGCGCCUGCUGGUGAAGGAGAGCGGCCGCUGGCCUUGCAGGAAGCCCCGGGCAGGGCUCGGCCUGUCCGACAGGAGGGGCUCGGGGCCGGAAGAGGGCAUCCUGGACCUGCGCUUCGGGCGCUUCGGGCUGGACAGAGACGAAGAGGAGCCAGAGGCCUUGGGCAGCGACGCCAGCGAGCUCAGCGACACGUCUGUGGAGGAGGGCAGCGGGCCCGCGGCCCAGGGCCCGGCACUGCAGCUGUGA